UAAUAAGGCAAUUAUCCUUGUUGGCGGUCUUGGGACCUCAAAAUACCUCGCAUCUUUGCUGAAGCUGCAAUACGCGAGGCAAGAUAUCGAAAUUCGUCAGCCUUCCGGAGCCCAACCGUGAGUGGCCAGUGAUGAUCUGCGUUGACAUGUGCUUACUUUCGCGAGGUGGACGGCUGUUAGCCGGGGAGCAGUGAUGGCAACCGCCCAACGAGCUGUUAGCUCUAGAAUUUCUCGUUAUCACUAUGGAUUUUGUUGGGUAGAUACCUUCAAUCCUGAUAUUCACACCAUCCAAGAACUGGUCUAUGACCGGGCGGAAGGCACAAACCUCGCUGUUGGUCAAAUGAAAUGGGUCGUGAAAAGAGGUGAUACAAUUGGACAUCUUCGCCCAGUGGUCGUGCCUUGCCAAAACAAAUUCCGAUAUGAGGCAGAGAUCGCCAAUAGGAGAAUUUAUGUUGAUAUCUGGCACUCGGGCUUCGACCCAGCUCCAAGACGGCAGACACAUGAUGUACACAAACUGUGCACUAUCGUGUGCCAUUUACCGAGGAGUCUGCGAUUUGGUGACCUCCCAGAAUAUAUUGGAGAAGAUUUGGUUCCAUAUCGAAGGCUUGAAAUCGACAUCGCUAUGUCGCCGCGAGGAAGUGAUCUCUACUUUGCUAUUUAUUUCAACGGCGACCUUCUUCCCACGGAGUACCAAUGGCCGAACAGAGAUUUCGCACAAGGGGGUAUUUCCAUUGAAACAGAGUGAAUAUGUGACAUGCAAAAAAAGAUAACAGUAUGCGACCGCUUAGGUCGGUACUGCAACAUCGGGGCCCAUGGGCGCUAAUAUGAGCGUGAUCUCCUUGUCUAUAUCGUAUCAGACUUUUAUAGGAGUUUUGCGUGAUUCAAAAAUGUGAGGAGAUGAGUUGGGUUGGAUUGAUGGGGCUCGUCCCACUAGUUCUAGAUGCCGGCUUGGCAACCCGAGCCUGAUCCAUGUCAAGAUGCGUGUUGUCAAUCAUUAGCCUCCCAGUAGUAUCAA